ACCAAAGAUGUGAUUCGUCACUCGAAGCAUUGGAGAUGCUGGCAACAAGAACAUUCGCGCGGUCGCGGCAGGCCUUCUCACCAUUCAGCACCCGUUGCUUCUCAUCAAGCCCGAUCAACGCCAAAUUGAAGCUCGCCUACGACUUCUACGAGGCUGAAAAGCCCGAGUCCAAGAAGGACCCGAUUGUCUUCAUCCAUGGCCUCUUUGGUUCAAAGAAGAACAACCGUAGCAUGAGCAAAGUGUUCGCUCGUGAUCUGAACCGUCCCGUCUACGCCAUUGAUUUGCGCAACCACGGCGAGUCGCCUCACGACCCAAGACAUGACUACACUGCCCUCGCUGAGGAUGUCGAAGGCUUCCUGCAAGAGCACAAUAUUGAGCGCCCUGCUCUGAUCGGCCACUCAAUGGGUGCUAAGACAGUCAUGGCCGUCGCUUUGCGCGGUAAAGUGUCAAUCGCCAGCCUCAUUCCUGUCGACAAUGCACCCGUCGACGCUGCGCUAAAGAGCGAUUUUGGAAAAUACGUCCAGGGCAUGCGCAAGAUUGCCGAUGCAAAUGUGCAGAAGCAGUCCGAGGCAGAUGCCAUCCUGGCUGAGUUCGAAUCACAUGUUGGUGUUCGCCAGUUCCUGCUCACCAAUCUUGCCCGUGGAAAGGACGGUAUCCAGAAAUUCCGCAUCCCAGUCAAGUACCUGGCAAACGCUCUCGACAACAUGGCCGACUUCCCCUUCAAGGACCCCGAAGAGGCACGGUGGGAGGGCCCUACCUUGUUCAUCAGAGGCACAAAGAGCCACUACGUGGCCGACGAAACACUGCCUAUCAUUGGAAGAUUUUUCCCAAGGUUUGAGAUUGCAGACGUCGACAGCGGACAUUGGGUCAUCAGCGAGAAGCCCCAAGAAUUCAGAGAUGCCGUGGUCGAGUUCUUGCAGGACAAAGAGUAGAGUUUGUAGAUAGUAGCCGAAUCAAUGUAGCAAUAGCACAUGUUUCAAAUCACAUACGAAGCCGUGCAAAUAGAGCUGGAGGAGGCGUGAUGCGCGUGGUAUCAUAAAAAGUGAAAUUGGAAAAUUCG